CACGCCCCUUCUUAUAAUGCAGCAUGGGCGAAAGAAUGUAACAAAAUGACGGAACUGUAGCUGAGCAGAGCGAUAUCGCCUACCAGUAAAUUGUUUCGUAUGUUUGAACUAAAGGUGAGUUUCGUGAUGCACCAACUAUGCCGAUAGUGGACAAACUCAAGGAGGCCCUGAAACCUGGACGGAAGGACUCCAGCGAUGAGGGCGACCUCAACAAACUGCUGGCCUCUUCUGCCAAGAAGGUUCUUCUGCAGAAGAUCGAGUUUGAGCCUGCCAGCAAGGGCUUCUCUUACCAGCUGGACAGCCUCAAGACCAAGUAUGUGAUCCUCAAUCCCAGGAUUGAGGGCGCUUCAGGACACAGGGCCCUAGAACCUGCCCAGAUCAAGCGGCAAGUGUCUGAGAAUGUGAUUGGAGGCCAGGGUGACGGGAUCCCGGCCCCUCAGAAGAUGCUGUUUCCUGGGAACAGGCUGUCGAUGAGAUGGGAGCGUGUUUACAGAGUGGGAGCCGGCCUCCACAACCUGGGCAACACCUGCUUCCUCAACUCUACGGUGCAGUGUCUCACCUAUACGCCUCCCCUGGCCAACUACCUUCUCUCUAAGGAGCACAGCCGUGCCUGCCACCAGUCAGGUUUCUGUAUGAUGUGUGUAAUGCAGAACCACAUCAUCCAAGCCUUUGCCAACACGGGCAACGCCAUCAAGCCUGUCUCCUUCAUCAGAGACCUGAAGAAAAUCGCCAGACAUUUUCGUUUCGGGAGCCAGGAGGAUGCCCACGAGUUCUUGCGCUACACCAUCGAUGCCAUGCAGAAAGCCUGUCUGAACGGUUACCCCAAGUUAGACAGGCAGACACAGGCCACCACCUUGGUCCACCAGAUCUUUGGAGGUUAUCUCAGGUCACGAGUCAAGUGUUCCAUUUGCAAAAGUGUGUCAGACACCUACGACCCUUACCUGGACAUUGCUGUCGAGAUUCGGCAAGCAGCAAACAUCGUGCGAGCUCUUGAACUGUUUGUCAAGCCUGAUGUUCUGAGUGGAGAGAAUGCUUACAUGUGUGCCAAGUGUAAGAAGAAGGUGCCGGCAACCAAGCGGUUCACGGUCCACCGGACAUCCAAUGUGCUGACCGUCUCUCUCAAGAGGUUCGCUAACUUCAGUGGAGGGAAGAUUACCAAGGACGUGGGCUACCCCGAGUUCCUGAACAUCCGGCCCUACAUGUCUCAGAGCUCCGGGGACCCCGUCAUGUACGGCCUCUACGCCGUCCUGGUGCAUUCUGGGUACAGCUGCCACGCCGGCCACUACUACUGUUAUGUCAAGGCUAGUAAUGGGCAAUGGUACCAGAUGAAUGACUCCAUGGUCCAUUCUAGCAACAUCAAAGUAGUACUUAACCAGCAGGCUUAUGUCCUCUUCUACCUGAGGCUCGGUGACACCAAGAAGAACGUGGAUGGGCAAAUCACAAAGCAGGGAAUAAUGCAUUCUGGGAAGAACAGCAUGUCAUCGGAGCAGCUGAGAAAGACCAACCUGAAUGGGCCCCUCUCCUCCCCACAGGUCACCAAGAAGAUGGAACCGGCCCAGCUGCGCAAAAUCCAGUCCAUGGACGGGGGUUUGGGUGUUCCUAUUUCUAGGAAUGGUGUCAGCAUCCAGCAGCCCAAGCUGUCCAACGGUACAUCUCCUGCUUACGGCCCCCCCAAAGUACCGGGGGGUCCCACCAUGAUCGAGGAGCCCUUCAAAAAGCUGAAGAAGCCCUUCGCCCAGAGCCAGGCCCAGAGCCAGGCGCAGUCCCGCUGCAGCACCCCUGCCACCUCCAACGGCGUAGCGAGGUCUGACGGAGGGAGGCACAGUGGGAACGAGGGCAGGGGCAUGGCAGCAUCUACCUCACUCAAGUCCCUGUCAGACUCGUCCUCAGCGGAAACCUCUGACUCCAAGGAUUCAAUUGGUCCUAAAAGUGCUCCGGUCGGAGAGACCUCCACCGCUCCCAGGACCGGUUCCAACGGCAUGGCCUCCCCGGCCAAGAGUGCAGACCGGCUGGGCACAGAGGAGCAGAAGACUGUCAAGCUAAAACCCCUGGCCCUUAACAACAUCACAUCAGAAGCCACCAGCACCAUGUCCCCCCCACCCGCCAAGAAACUGGCUCUGUCUGCCAAGAAGGCCAGUCGCAGCCGGACUCAGAGCAGCACUGACGCUCCGCCACGCCAGCCACCAAGUGACCCCACGCACCCAGCUCAACUUCACACUCUCACCUCCGCCUCACCCACCCAAACCCCCAGGGCUGGCCCAUUCCAUUCAUCCAAACUGCAGUCUCCACCCACAGCCCACACCCACUCAGGCCUCCCACUCAAACACCAGAGUCCAGAGAAACAGUCCCCCGUCUCCACCAUGCAAAAACCAAACUCCAACUCCUCUCCCAAAACCAACGGGCUUCACUGCCUGUCUCCAAAGCCACCCAGAGCCAGCCUCCCAGAGCCAGGCCUGAGAAGCCCCCCAGGGCACGCCGGCGACACCUCCUCCCCUCCGCCGAAAAAGAGGAAGAGGAAGAAACGCCGGCGUUCCGAGAUGGAGGAAGAGCCAGCCAGCGCCCCUGAACCCCUGCAGGUAGAACCCGCCAGCGAGAAGAAGAGGAAGAAAAGGAAGAAAAAGAGACGGAGGGAGGAGGAGGAGAGUGGAGACGGAUCCUCGAACAAGAGGGAGUGUGUGCAGUCCCAUCUGGAACCCCUAACCCAGGAAGAGGACUGGUGUCAGGGCGGGGCCUGGAGCCUCAACCCUCCAGGCCCGGAGCGGGCCCAGCCGCAGGCCCAGCCGCAGGCCCAGCCUGUGGACGCUCUGGCCCCAGCGCCCCCUGAGAAGGCCCCGCCAGUCCCUCUGCAGCCUCAGGGAGCGCAGGGGUCUGAUGCCACGUUGGGUUUGAAGAGGAAGAAGAAGAAAAGGAAAAAGAAUCGACCAGAGGACACCGCAUCAGCAUGUCUAGUUCCAGGAAGCAUUGCAGGGAGAAAGCACGCAGUUGCGGAGCACAACGCCAGGGUGUCCGUGGAGCCAAAGAGAAAGAAGAAGAAGAAGCGGAGGCUAAAAGAGGAGCCGAGCCUGUGGGAGGAGAGCAGGCGCCCAGCGGACCACCCCAGCACGGAGCCCCAGGCUGCACAGACCUCUCCUGCAGAGAAGGCCGUGGAGACUGCCAAGAGCAGCAGAGCCGGGACAGCUGCAGUGGUGGUGUGGGACAGCCAGGUGAAGGAGGGCUACAGGCGAUCCCAGGGCCCUGCGGACGAGCAGGAGGGGAGCAAGGGCGCGCCCCGCCCCGCCCCCCUGGCCUGGGACGGCAACAAGAGCAGCAGCGUGGUGGAGGAGCUCCUGAAGAGCUCUGCAGACAAGGCCUACGGAGCCCAAGUCCUCAGCUGGGAAGGAGAGUCCUCUGCCAUUAGUAGGGAUGCCAUAGAGGAUGCCCGCAAUGCCAAAUAUGACACGGUGAUCGAUGAGUGGGACGAGGAUUUUGACAGUGGAAAGGUGAAGAAGAUGAAGAAGUAUAAAAGAGAGAAGUGGAGGAGUGGCAACAGCUUCCAGAUGAUCCAGGACAGGAAGAGCAUGUGGUCCGUCACUCCGGGGGGGAAGAGGAGCUGCUUUGGGUUCCGCCGUUGAUGCGUUCCAACCGCAUCGGUCACAUGACGGCACCGUUUGAUAAAAUGGUGUUUUAGCUGAUACCCCCCCCGAGGGAAAAUGAUAUGUAACCGGGGGGGGGGGGGGAAGGGGAGAGGAGAUAUGUUAGUGAGAAGGACUAACUCAUGAACAUGAGAUGUGGUCAUCUCCACCAACAUUAGGGUCACCGACACAUUGGAGAAUAACACAGUAAAUGGCAAUAACGAUACAAAGCCGAAUCCAUAGACUGCCCUUAAUACAGCUUCUUACUAUUUAACCCCAAUUUUAAUAAUAAGUAAUACAGGACACAGUACUGGAAAACCUCUAGGACUACCUCCUGGAAAUUUCCCUUGUAUCAAUUUGUUGUGCUGCGUAAAGCAUAUUUGUGUCAGAGAUUAAAUACGAUUAUAUAACCUUCACCUACCUUGUAGAAGACUGCACUAAGCUGCUGUUCAGUCGAACUUAAAACCCCCCUAUAAUGAUGCCAGCGUAUGCCCCUGGUUUCUUGUUGAUCAUGCGUAGAGGUUAAUGGGACGUAUGUGCAGACAUUCAUGGAGACCUGUUGAUAUUCACAUCUGGCCUUUUUGUUUGUAAGGACCUGUUUUACCAUACUGACAUUAAUCCAAACCACCCUGCUUCUAAAAUGUGUAUCUCCCUAUCUCCCAAUCAAGAAAGGGCCCAGAGCUGUCCAACCAGUUUUAUCCUUUUUUUGUUUUUUUACAAACCAUUGACACAUUUUAUUUUAGGUUUGAUUCUAAUAUUUGAGUUGUUAUGCCUUUUUUUUGUUUGUAUUUUAUUUAGCCACAAUGCUUCCUGGUAUUUAUUCAGGAUCCAUUUUGGCGUCUGCUGUUUAAACUCAAUUGGACAUAUCACUGCUUCAUUUGCUUGCUUAUCCAUUUGCUUUUGUGUCUGCUGAAACAGUUUAAGUCAGUGACCUACCUUUAAGUGCAGGUGAGAGGGUUGGGGUGAACAGUUUGAGUCUAUGUAAAAUGUCAUCUUUGAUCUUUUGAUAACCGGCAUGUUCUCAGUGCAGCUACCUAUUGAUGUCUGCUGCUUCUCAUCUGUCACCUGAACUCUAAUCCUGUACCAUAUCACAUCACUGUAUGUGUCAUUAUUUAAAGCACAUUAUUAAUGUAUAGUCAAUACAUUAUUGUUCAUUGUUGGGCAUGUUUCUUAAUGAAUUACUGGCCUUAACAGUACUUUUGUGUUUCACUCAAAUAAAACAGGUUCCAUUGCCCUCUGUCAACACAUUGUUUUCGAUUGAGGGUGUUCUAUGCUAUUGCUGGAUCGUUUUCCCCCUAAUCUGAACUCUAUGCAAUACUUUUGACAGUCCAACUGGUCACCUGGAACUGGGGUGUGCCUCAGGAACGCGGUCAUUCAAGAACUCUGCCACCUCUCUGUCCCAACCUGACCCCUCCCAUGUCUGACCACCACUCUUCCCCGGACCCAGAUUCAUACCAUGUCCACUUUUACCCUGUAGGUUUUAUACCAGUGUGUCAGGGGGAAACAAACAAGGGAUCUUCUUCCAUUUAUCUGGGCACACAUGCUGUAUGUAGAUAUUCUAGUAAUUAUACAAGAUGCUUUGCCAAUGUAGAAGAUUGUACAGUCCACCUUGUGCUUCCUGUGUCCUCUGUCAUUGCUGUACAGUCACCUUCUCGUUACUUUCAUUCUAGAGAUGUUGCCUUGAAUUGGCUUUAAAAAGCAUAGGAUAAUAUGUUAUGAAUAUAUUAAUUUAAAGAAAACCUCACAAAUCUUUAAUGUGCUAAUAUUCACAGAAAAUUGGUUGUAUUUAAGGAUUGGUAAAUUGUAAACUAGAAAACCUAUCUGCAGAUGUUUGUUCAUGUGUGUGUAUGCAAGACAUGCUGUUAGUUUUUUCUGUGAGACCUUAACUAUGUUACUGUAGUGUCAUACAGUACAGGAAUAUGGUAUCAAACAAUUCUAGUUCCAUAGAAAGUGUUCAUGUUGACUGUGAAUUAUAUUGUUCAAUUCUCAAGGAAACAUACGCAGGAGAACAUAAUAGCGGUGUGAAUGAAUGAAUGACCCAAAACGUUUGCAUCGAUGUUUCAAUUUUGCACCUCUUUUUCUGACCAAGGAGACAUUUCAUAAUGGAGAGGACUCUUGCAAAUACAUAACGUGAUUAUACAAGUGCAAUAAAGUUGUGACUUUUGUGAACAUA